AUGUAUGCGGCACGACGAACGCUUGGGGGCAAUGCCGCGGCUGCGGCGGUGACGUGCUACGGGGCGACGUCGUCCCGUUCGGUGCUGCUUAUGCUGGAGCGCAGGGCUGCCACUACUGGCAGAUUCGCGGUUCCCCUCUCAUCGCGUGCGGCCUACUCGUCCCGCCCUGGCCUCGGCAAGGAUGGCAGGAUGUUCGACAAGGUGCUCAUCGCCAACAGAGGUGAGAUCGCAUGCCGUGUGAUGCGGACGUGCAAGCGUCUGGGCGUGAAGACGGUGGCGGUCUACAGUGAGGCCGACGCCAAGUCCAUGCACGUGGCCAUGGCCGACGAGGCGUACCUCAUCGGCCCUCCUCCCGCCAAGGAGUCCUACCUCAAGGGCGACUACAUCAUCGAAGUCGCCAAGAAGGCUGGCGCUCAGGCCAUUCAUCCUGGCUACGGUUUCCUGUCGGAGAACUCGCGAUUCGCCAACCUCGUGGAGCAGAGCGGACUUGUGUUCAUCGGCCCUCCCGCGUCGGCCAUCAACUCCAUGGGCUCCAAGAGUGAGUCAAAGAAGAUCAUGAGCAACGCCGCCGUGCCGAUCAUUCCCGGCUACCACGGAGAGAAGCAGGACGUGGACUACCUGAUGGCCGAGGCCGAGAAGAUCCAGUACCCCGUGCUCAUCAAGGCCGUCAUGGGUGGCGGCGGCAAGGGUAUGCGCAUUGUGGAGACCAAGGAAGACUUCGUGGAGGCUUUGCUUUCGGCCAAGCGCGAGGCCAUGUCCUCCUUCGGCGAUGAGAACGUUCUCGUGGAGAAAUACAUCACCAAGCCCCGCCACAUCGAGUUCCAGGUGUUCGCGGACAAGUACGGCAAUGUUGUCCAUCUGUUCGAGCGCGACUGCUCCGUCCAGCGCCGACACCAGAAGAUCAUCGAGGAGGCCCCCGCCCCCGGCAUGACCGAGGAGCUGCGAGCGCGCAUGGGCGAGGCCGCCGUCAACGCCGCCAAGGCCGUGGGCUACGUCGGCGCGGGUACCGUGGAGUUCAUCAUGGACUCGACCACCAAGGGCUUCUACUUCAUGGAGAUGAACACGCGCCUCCAGGUCGAGCACCCCAUCUCGGAGAUGAUCACCGGGCAGGACCUCGUCGAGUGGCAGCUCAAGGUCGCCUCGGGCCAGCAUCUGCCGCUCACCCAGGACCAGCUCAAGAUCAACGGUCACGCCUUCGAGGCCCGCAUCUACGCCGAGAAUCCCCGAAAGGGAUUCCUUCCGGGUACGGGUAAGCUGGUCCACCUUUCCACGCCCGAGCCGUCCUCCCAAGUGCGCAUUGAGACUGGUGUGCGCCAGGGCGACCAGGUGAGCAUCUUCUACGAUCCCAUGAUCGCCAAGCUGGUGGUGUGGGACACCGACCGUACCUCCGCGCUCAGGCGCCUCAACGCCAGCCUCGGCCACUACCAGGUGGUGGGCCUGAACACCAACAUCGAGUUCCUGGGCAAGCUGGCGACCCACCCCUCGUUCAUCGAGGGCGACGUGGAGACUGGCUUCAUCGAGCAUCACCGCAACGAGCUGUUCCCGGCCAUCUCCGCCCCGUCGGAGAAGGUGCUCGCGCUGGCGGCCCUCUCUGUGCUCAGCGAGGAGCGCGCCGCUAACCUGAAGGAGGCCGAACGCAACUCAGCCGACGCACACGGCGCGUGGUCUCUGCCCGGCUGGCGAUUGAACGAGGAGCAGACGCGCGAGCUCAGGUUCGUCGCGCAGGUGGGCGAGGAGGAGUCGGCCGAGUUUGCCGUGCUGGCCACCUACCGCCCCGACAACACCGUCAGCAUGAAGUGCAAGAAGGUCGUCGCCCAGGAGAAGGGCAAGAAGGCCCACCACCACGAGGAGGACUCGGCGGAGUUCACCGUGACGGGCCAGGUGGGACCCACCGGCGAGAUCAAGGCCAGCGUCGGUGAUGAGACCAUCACCGACGGCCGAGUGGUGAGGCACAAGAACACCCUGAACGUGUUCCUCAAGGGAGUGCACCACGAGGUCAACCUGGCGCUGCCCAAGUUCCUGUCGGCGGGCACCGAGGGCCGCAAGGGUGGCCUCACGUCGCCCAUGCCCGGCAAGAUCGUCAAGCUCUUCGUCCAGCCCGGCGAGGAGGUCAAGAAGGGCCAGCCCCUCAUCGUCAUGGAGGCCAUGAAGAUGGAGCACACGAUCCGCAGCCCGGCGGACGGCAAGGUCAAGAGCGUCGGCGUGUCGGUGGACCAGUUCGUCGAGCAGAACGUGGCUCUUGUUCAGGUUGAGUGA